AUGGCGUCAAAGGGGGUCCCUCAGCAGCAAUCGGCGGAUGGUUUGGCGAUGGAUGAUCAGGAGCCUAGGGCCCGGGCCGAUGAGAUUCCUGAGCUGCGGCGGGGAUGCAUGAUCCCUCGUGGUCGGUAUCUAGCCAGUGACCUACCGCCUCUGCAUACGCUGACAGAUAUUUUCGCUGACAUGGCAUCGAACGCCAUGAAAAUGGGAUUCGAGCAUGUGCUCAUUCGGCUCGGCAGUCGACCACUUCGAGUGGCGACAGUGUGCUCAGGAACAGAAGCCCCGCUUCUGGCCCUGGAAUUAAUCCAGACGGGUUUGGCAGAGACCCAGCAACUUCGGAUCUCGCAUGCUUUCAGCUGCGAGAUCGUUCCGUUCAAACAAUCAUACAUUGAACGGAACUUCCGCCCCCCUAUCCUCUUUCGGGACAUCACCGAGCUUGGAGGGGAUGUGGCGCGGACCGCCUACGGGUCAUCGGAGGUGAUUCCCGGUGACCUCGACAUCUUAGUUGCUGGGACUGCCUGUGUCGAUUUCUCUCCGUUGAACACCCGCAAGAAGACGCUGCAGCAAGGCGGCGAGUCGGGAGCUACGUUCGACGGUCUCUUGCGGUACGCAGAGAGAUAUCGACCCCGCAUGGUCGUCCAGGAGAACGUCCGGAACGCGCCCUGGGAUCAGAUGAAGGGAAAGUGGGAGGAGCUUGGAUACAUGUCGGUUUGUGUCAAUGUCGACACAAAGCAUUACUACAUCCCACAGACACGCGAGCGCGGGUACAUGGUAGUCAUUGACAAGCGCCGCUUGGAAGCAGCGGGCCUGCUUGGAGGCUCCUUGGACCAGAGUGGCAUUGACACUGUCACUCAACGCGUUCGUGAGCUUGCUGGUCGUUUCAAGCGGCCAGCGAGUGCGCCGGUGGGUAUGUUCUUGCUGAGUGACGUUGACCGCCGACUCGAGCUCACCGAGAUGAGAGCCCGCCUUGAGUCUAGAAGCGAAACUAGCUGGGACCAGUACCAAAUUCGUCACGAACGGCACCGGGGCGAAUUGGAACUAGGCAUCGAGAGGCCAAUCACUCGAUCCCUGCCCGGAAUCAAUGACCUGAAGGCACCGGACUUCUAUUGGCAUCGUUUCUGGAAGACACAGCCGGAGAGAGUGUGGGAGACCGUGGACAUGAAUUUCUUGAAGAAGAUGCUUCAAGAUUAUGACAUGAACUUCAAGGAGCGUUGGAUCGACUUGUCUCAGGGAGUCGAUCGAGGAAAUGACAGCCUUGCUGGGUCUGGGAUUGCGGGAUGCCUGACGCCGAAGGGCAUCCCAUUUGUGACCACCCGCGGGGGCCCCGUAUCUGGCACGGAAGCCCUUUCGUUACAAGGCCUGCCCCUCGAUCGAAUGAUACUCACGAGAGAAACGCAAGCUGAUUUGAUGGACCUGGCAGGAAAUGCAAUGACCAGUACGGUCGUGUGUGCAAUCAUGCUGGCUGGUCUGAUAGCCGUGCAUGAGAUUCUUGACAACGGUGAGGAGGGUUCAACCAACCCCGGCGACGUGGAGGCCAAGUCUCUUCUCAUACCCAGCGAGGUCCACAGCCUCGUGAGAAGCAACCUCCAAAUUGCCGAAGCCCACCUCAUCGACCAUGCUGUUCUCAAAGUCAGAGCAGCGAGCAGCGCUCUGUGCUGUUCCUGCGAGAGACAGACUGGGGUUCAAGAUUCAAUUUAUAGUUGCACGCUGUGUGGACACACCGCUUGCAGAUCCUGUCGUGGAAAUCCCACGCAUUCGUAUCUACCUGUUUCCCCCCUCUCUCGACGAAAGCCGUCUGAGUUUAUAGCAAAAAUGAAGGGACUUGUUCCCAUGAAGCUUAUGCUGUCUGGGUUGUCCGCGUUGGACUUCGAGACGUUUAAAUCCCUUUACCCUAUCGACAACAUCUCCCAGUUCUGGCCCGACUUUAUUCAAUGCACGAAUGCAGCUGUGCACGACGUCUUUCGGUUUUUCGAGAUCAAGCGCGGAAGAACAUGGCGAGUCGUUUACGAUGGCACGCACUCCAGCUUGUUCCUUGAUAUCGGUAUGGAAUCCAUCCAGUGGCUCUUGUACGCAAAGCCCCCCAAGUCCGCAAACACGAGAAGCGUCAUCCGAGAAGUGCUGGCCAAGCCAAUUGCCAGAAUGAGUCCCACCUCUGGGUCUUUUGUCGAGGGUACAUGGGAAGUUUGUUCACCCGUUAGCACCCCUUUCUCACUUCAGAUUUCCGGCCGAGGAUGCCAAGUCCGAUCAUUCCAAUCGGAGUGUGGUCUUAAAGCUGCUAGGUUUGUUGAUGGAAAAGCCUGGGACAGUAUUUUCGUUGAAGGAUUAGAUCAAGAUGUCACAGUUCUUGAUUUUGACGUCCGGGGAAUCUACCAUUUCCUCCCUGAGUGUGGAACAGCGCUUGGUGCAUUGUACAGAAAACAAGCCACCGCCCGCUCGCCUCCAAUAUUCUUAUUCCUUGAUUCAACGAAGACUGGACCCCCUGAUGAAGAUGCUUGUGUGUUCUCCCUUGACCACAGCCGCCUUCCUGGAUACGAUGUGAGAAUGACGAUAGCCGAGUUGUCCUCAGCUUGGAGAUCAUUGGAUGUCACCUUGGAUUCGCAAGAUGUGAAAGCUUUCUGUCGUCGAUGGGUCAAGGCCCCCAGAGUGCAAUUGAGCCAUUGUCCUGCCGAGCAGAUUACUCUCCGCACAUUGCAACAAGGAAUCCGAGUCUCGAUUGAAAACCAGCAAUGUCAUGAUGCUUGUAUCACCCUUACCUCACUCUCAGCAACAACAGCAAUUCUCAACCUGCCCGACGCAACUUCCGACUGGCAAGCUUGGAAUCCCGAGGUCUCUAUGAGAGAAUUGAAAGGUCUCGCAUGGUUGUUCCCAAAGAUUGCCGCGUGGUCCGACUUUGAAGACUGGAACGAAAUUAUCCGUCCAGACAGUUCAGACCCAAAUCAUGCAGAUGGCAAUUGCAAUAUCUGUAACCCACCCACCCCCAGUGUCCUUUGGGGCCGUGACAACAAAGACCGAAUCAUCCCAUAUGAGAACCCCCAAGAAGCUGCUGUCUAUGAGCGCGCCAUCAAAAAACGGCCCUCGCCAUUCUUGGUCUUCAGACGAAUCAACGAAACUGGAGACGCUGAGUUAAGUUUCACCCUCAAUAUUCAAGCUCUGACGCAUCGGGCACAUGGAAACCUGGUCGGUACUACAAGCCGUGAGACAGUAAUAUCUUGCUGGCGACUUCUACCUCAUGCGUACGACAUGGCUCAAAAACCCCCCGAUGUGAGUCACGCAACCCCCGAAAGGUUCACUUUGAGGAGCAACGACGACGAUAGUCCUUCGCCACAGCCUCCCAACUUCAAAUUCAAGCUUCGUGAUGAACAGCUUCGAUCAUUGAGCUGGAUGAUUUCACAAGAAGCAAAAGAUAUGGAACCGUUUAUGGAAGAGGAAGUUGAAGAAUCAAUCCUCCCCUUGAUGCCCUGGCGCGCCGAAGUCAAAGCAACACUGCCAAAGAUUGUUCGCGGUGGCGUGCUAGCUGACGAGGUUGGAUAUGGAAAGACGGCUGUUAUUCUCGGUCUCAUUGACGCGCAGUAUAAAACAGACACCAAACCCCCUGAAGACGACUGGCUGAUUCCAACCAAAGCAACCCUGAUCAUCGUGCCUAGCAAUGUGUUCAAGCAGUGGAUUUCGGAGACCAAGAAGUUUCUCGAGGGAAAAUACAAAGUCUUGGCGAUAUCGUCAAUCAACAAGAUUACCAUCCGGGAAAUCGAAGAAGCAGAUAUCGUGAUUUUGUCAUGGAGUAUACUGGCGAACGAUGCAUACUACAGACGACUUCAACAAUUUACCGGAACACCCCAGGCUCCCGCAAAAUCGAGCGGAGGAACAGGUCGAAACUUUGAUAGCUGGUUCCAUGACGCUCGUGCUUCCUUGCAGGAGUCUGUUGAGAUGUUAAAAACAAAAGGGCCUGAGGCGAUGCUCCAGAGAUUGGAGGCCAGACGUCGCCGAGUUCAAGAAAUGCAGGCCGACUUCACUUACGUGCCUUCUCGACUCCUCCAUGGCCAGGCAUUCGCUGAUGCUUUUAAUGGUCGUGACGAGUCCGAUGCAGAAGCGGAAGAGGAUUUGGAUUCUGAGUCUGACUCGGGUUUCGAGGAAGUUGAUGCAUCUGAUGCGAGACAGUCGACCGGAACAGCGAGUCCUGUGGGCCAGCGGAAGCGGAGACACGGUAGGAAGUCAGUGGAAGGUUCAAGUAGAAAGCGACAAAAGCGCCCAUCAGCAGACCUGGCAGACGUGACCGAUGACAAAAAGAAAUGUGGAGCCAAAUCAACUGCCGUGAAAGAUGACCGCAUGGACUUUGAUAUCAAAAGUGGUAUCAAAAAGACGGAAAAGCAGGACUGGCGCACUGUUAAAGCUGCUUUCAUUCACGCAUUCAAAUUUAACCGUUUGGUUAUCGACGAAUACACAUAUGCCGGGGAAGAAAGACAGGCCUCCCUGCUCUCAUUGCAGGCACGCUCCAAAUGGAUCCUUUCUGGAACGCCUGCUCUUGCUGAAUUUGCCGAUAUCAAGAGCAUCGCGCGUUACCUUGGUCUAGAACUUGGUGUGGACGACGAUGGCGAUUGCGACAAGCCGACGCAGAAUAGCAGACUACGAAAUAUCAGGAAGAACCACACAGCUGCUGAGGCGUUCCAAUAUUACCAGCCACCCCACAGUAACGCGUGGUACCAAAACCGCCGAGAGCAUGCUCAAAGAUUUCUAGAUCGGUUUGCGCGUCAAAACAUCGCACGCAUCACACACAUUCCAUUGAUAACGCAUCUUGUCAUCACCGAACAGUCACCCGCUGAAAAGACAGCGUACGAUACGUUAUUCCGAGCCGUCAUCGAAAACAAGAAACGAAUCCCUGGUCCCUUGAGCACCAUUUUGUCCAAGAGCCAGUUCCCCCAAGAGGCACUCAUCAUGUCUUGUGUCACAAGUCAAAUCGGACAACCUCCAUGGAACCUCGAGAAGUGCCGGAAAGGCUCGCGGAGCGACCAAAAGAAAUCAGUUGAGAUCUGGACUAAAGUGGACUCGAUCACUCGACAGGCAGCGACUGUUUGGUGUCGCGAAAUGAACCAUACCGAUCCCAAGGACUGGCAAAACGCCCUGAAUGGCGUUGCAAAUAUUGAUUUGGGGGACGCGGAGCUCAACAAAAAGUUCAACGAGCUGUUAGGGGGUAUCAUCCGCUCAUACAGCGAGUGGAAACUAGCAGAGCAACACCGGCCUAUUGAAGAUUUGCUUCAUGCGCGAUUCCAAAAGACCCAGAACGCGAAGUCCGGCAACACAGCCGGUGGAAGACGCCCUCCCAGAGUCACAGCUCAUGGAGGAACCACCAGUACGUCUUCCAAUGAAAUUUGGACGGCUGUCGAAAAAGCCUUGUUCACUGAUGUUACCUCUCUCUUGAAGCAAGUCCUCGAGAUUGACCGGGAAUGCCGAUUCUACGAAAAUCUGGUGAGGAUUCAGACCAUUGGAAUUCCACCCUGUGAAAAUUGCAAGAGAGAUUUGCAAGAAAAGAAAAAUGUCUACGUUCUCAAAAACUGCGGUCAUGCCCUCUGCAAAGGUUGCCUCGACGCCGCGAUCAACCAACCACGCAAACCCUGCCCCGUCCUUGGAUGUAGCGGCCACAUUUUCCAAUCCAAGAUCGUACCCGGUGAGAUCCUCGUCAGUGAAGACCAAGAAAUUCAGAAUACCAAGCUCAACGAGCUUAUUGAGAUCAUCCGCAAGGUUCCAGAGGAUGAACUUGUCCUCAUCUUCGUACAAAUCAGCCACCUUUUGCCCGUUACAUCAAAUGCCCUUCAAGCUGCGAACAUCAAUCACCGCAUGGUGACACAAACCAACUUGAAGGGAAUCGGAGAAUUCACUGAUCCUCCUAAACCCAAGAAGGGCACCACUCAACCACCUUCCAGGCCAAAGGCCUUGAUAUUGAAUCUCGGAUCCUCUAUGGCAGCUGGAUUGAAUCUCCAAUGCGCAAAUCACGUCAUCUUCUUGUCACCAUACUACGCUGCUUCUGACCAUGAGUAUGAUGCGGGCAUGAUCCAGGCAAUCGGACGUGCGCGGCGAUUUGGGCAGAAGCGCAAAGUCCAUGCAUAUCAUUUGCUGGUGAAGAACACAUAUGAAGUCAACAUCUUCCAGAAGGCUCAAUCAAGCAAACUCGUUGAGCGUCAAGGUAUCCCAGUUUUAGUUCCAGAAGGAGAAGUAUUGCUAGACGAUGUUGCAUACGAAGGAGAGGAGUUGCCAGAGUAG